AUGGGUACAAUAAGAGAAACAACUACACCAAGGAGAAAAGGCAUAGCCAAUAUUAAUGGUAACUCCUCUAGCAAUAAGAAGAAGCAAGCAUCGUUAAUGUCUUUCUUUAAGCCCAUGGCAGCCAAAAAUGAGGUAACCAAAGAAAGCAACGUGUCACCAGAUGAGCCAGUGAAACAAAACUGUGUGUCUUCGUCUUCCCCCUUAAAGUCUAAGACAAUAGUUAAGCAAGAAUUAUCAAGUGAUAAGGAAAAUGAUAGUACAUUGAUGCAUUAUGAUGAGGAUGAGUAUAGGGAUUUGUCAUUUUCAUCAAGCUUGACUUCACCACCAGAUGUGAAUUUAGUUAAGCAAGAACCCAAGCUGUUAAAUGCCACUAUAAAGAACAAUGAAUUAGCAAGUACGCCCUUGAAGGGUCAUAGAACAGCGCUCAACUCAAGUCCUAUCAAUUCCAACCGCCAUGCAAGGAAACAAGUCAACUACGCUGAGACAGAAUCUGAAGAUGAAGAUACCGUCAUUCAGUCAUCCCGUAAGAAGAGAAAAGCUGUACAAGAGCCAAGUGACGACGAAGAUGACUUUCAACCAAUUAUUUCCGAAGGUGACAGUGAUGAUGAUAUGAGUGAUUUCGUAAUGGUUGACGAUGAAGAAGACGAAGAUGAGCCACCCUUUCUGGAAGACGAGGAGGAGAUUCCUAAAGCUAAGAAAUCGGGUCUGUCAUGCAGGGCAAAGUCUACUUCAAUUGAUGUCUCAGUUUUAGAUGUUAAUACAUCAAUUGAAUCAACUGUCCCCACAUCAUAUGACUUAAUUGACAAGUUUAAUGCAUCUUCAUUAUAUGACGCGUCAGGAUACAAAACAAAACAGUUCCUGUCAAAGCCAUUGCCCACCACCAAAAAGAAUUUUGCUAAAGAAAAUGAAGAGAGAUACCAAUGGCUUGUCAAUAUUAAAGAUGCUGAAAAGAGAACUCCAGAUGAUCCAAAUUAUGAUCCAAGAACACUUUAUAUUCCUCAAUCUGCAUGGUCAAAAUUUACUGCAUUUGAAAAGCAGUAUUGGGAAAUUAAGUCGAAAAUGUGGAAUACUGUUGUUUUCUUCAAAAAGGGGAAAUUUUACGAGCUAUAUGAAAAUGAUGCCGUGAUUGCUAAUACCCAAUUUGAUCUUAAGAUUGCUGGUGGUGGAAGGGCAAAUAUGAAAUUGGCGGGUAUACCGGAAAUGUCGUUUGAGCACUGGGCAAAGGAAUUUAUCAGUCAUGGCUACAAAGUAGCUAAGGUGGAUCAAAAGGAAUCUAUGUUGGCUAAAGAAAUGAGAGGUGGUGGGUCUAAAGAGGAAAAGAUUAUCAAGAGAGAAUUAACCGGUGUGUUGACUGGGGGUACUUUAACCAAUUUAGAUAUGAUCACGGAUGAUAUGUCUACGUACUGUCUAAGCAUUAAAGAGGAUACAGCCGAGGAUGGGUCAAAGAUUUUUGGUGUUGCUUUUGUUGAUACUGCAACUUCCGAAUUGAAUUUGAUUGAGUUGCACGAUGACGCCGAAUGUACCAAACUUGACACGUUAAUCACACAAGUCAAACCUAAAGAAAUCAUUUGUGAAAAGGGAAAUCUUUGUAACAUUGCAACUCAAAUUUUAAAGUUUUGUGCCCAUUCCAAUAACCAAAUUUGGAACAGCUUGAAUCCGAUCACUGAGUUUUGGGACUACGAUAUUGCUGUUGAACAAUUGGUUAAAUCAAAGUAUUAUGAUGCUGAGGAUUUGGACGAUUUUUCCAAAUACCCAGAGGUCCUUGUUGACAUUAAAAAGAAUCACCUUGUUGCAUUCAAUGCAUUUGGUGGUUUGUUAUCUUACUUGAAAACUCUCAAGUUGGAUGAAAGUAUCAUGAGCUUGGGUAAUAUUAAACAAUACAAGAUUUCAGAAAAUGAAACUUCACACAUGAUUCUUGAUGGUAUCACUUUGGGUAAUUUGGAGAUUCUCAACAACAAUUACGAUGGUGGCGAUCAAGGUACAUUAUUGAAAUUGGUGAAUCGGGCAACUACGCCAUUCGGGAAAAGACAUUUGAAGAAAUGGAUCUUGCACCCCUUAAUGCGUAUUGAUGAAAUCAACCUAAGGUACGAUUCAAUAGACUACUUGAUGGAUGAGGGUUCUGAGUUGAGAUCAAUCUUGCAGGACUGUUUGACAUCCUUGCCUGAUCUAGAACGUUUAAUUGCUCGUGUACAUGGUGGAACCCUUCGAUUCCGGGAUUUUCUCAGAGUGAUUGAAAGUUUUGAGAGUAUCGCCAGAUUUUCCAAACAAUUGUUGGAAUUUGCCAAUGUUGAUUGCGGUGUAUUGUAUAAAUAUUUGCAAUCUUUCCCCCAGGACAUGGUUGAGCAUAUUUCGGAAUGGGAGGAUGCUUUUGAAAGGCAACAAGCAUUAAGUGAUGUUAUUAUUCCUGCAAAGGGAGUUGAUGCAGAAUUUGAUGAAUCACAAGCUGUCAUUGAUGAUUUAGAAAAUCAGUUGAAUGAGCUUUUGAAAGGGUAUAAGAAAGAAUUUAAAUCGCAUGAGAUUCUUUAUCGUGAUUCAGGAAAAGAAAUUUACCUUAUUGAACUUCCUGUAAAAUUGGUUAAACAUGUACCUCAGAGUUGGCAAACUAUGGGUGCAACUUCAAAAGUUAAGAGAUUUUGGUCACCAGAAGUCAAGCAUUUAGCAAGGAAGUUGAUGGAACAAAGAGAGUCACAUAAAAUGGUUUGUGAUACAUUAAAGAAUAGGAUGUAUGCAAAAUUUGAUGCACAUUAUACAACUUGGAUGAAAGUCAUCAAUUGCAUAGCCAAUAUCGACUCUAUACUUGCAUUGGCUAAAGUUUCAGAAUCAAUCGGUUACCCUUCAUGCCGUCCAGAGUUUGUUCAAAAUGAUCAUGGUGUGCUUGAUUUUAAGGAGUUGAGGCAUCCUUGUUUUGUUGGAACAAAAGAUUUCAUUCCAAAUGACAUUCACUUGGGUGGUGAAGAACCUAAUUUUGGUUUAUUGACCGGAGCCAAUGCUGCAGGUAAAUCUACAAUUAUGAGAACCACAGCUUUGGCAGUGAUCUUGAGUCAGAUUGGCUGUUAUAUACCUGCACUGCUGGCAAGAUUAACCCCAGUGGAUAGGAUCAUGACGAGACUAGGUGCAAACGAUAAUAUAAUGCAAGGGAAAUCAACGUUCUUUGUUGAGCUUUCAGAAACGAAAAAGAUCUUAAGCAAUGCUACACCUAAAUCAUUGGUGAUUUUAGAUGAAUUGGGUAGAGGUGGUUCAAGUAGUGAUGGUUUCGCCAUUGCCGAAGCAGUUUUGCAUCAUUUGGCUACUCAUUUACAACCAGUUGGAUUCUUUGCCACUCAUUACAAUACCCUAGGUGUAUCAUUUAAAUCCCACCCACAAAUAAAACCAAUGAGGAUGGCAAUCGUAGUCGAUCAAGAGUCUAGAGAUAUUACAUUUUUGUACAAAUUAGAAGAUGGAACCGCACCAGGAUCAUUUGGAAUGAACGUGGCAUUAAUGUGUGGAAUUCCCAGAGAGAUUGUUGAUAAUGCUGAAAUUGCAGCAAAGAAUUACGAACAAGUAUCGAGUUUGAAACGUACUUAUGAAGAAGUAGAUAAGGAGGAUGAAAUGAGUUUGGGUUUACAAAGUGAUUGUGUGUGGUAUGGUACUGAUAGAGUCAAGUUGUUGAAACAGGAUAUAUUGAACUAUGAAGCUUCAGUUCAAGAAAGGGCUCUUGAUAAUGUCUAUAAAAUGAUUGAUUCUUUAUAG